CUUUAACUAGACUACAUUGCGCUAAACAGUGCCUGUUAGGUUCCCAGUUCAUUGAAGCUCAGUUGUAGCAGACACUCAUGUGACCGACAGACAUGGCGGAGGGAUACGGAAUCGACUUGACCUACAUCACGGAGCGCAUCAUCGCUGUAUCCUUCCCCCAAGAUAGUCCAGAGGAGACCUACAUACAGGACCUGCGGGACAUAACUGUCAUGCUGAAGUCUAAACAUGGACACAAUUACAUGGUCAUCAACCUCUCAGAGAAGAAUGAGCAUCUCACUCAAAUGAACCCAAAGGUACUGAAUCCGGGAUGGCCUCUUCUCCUGGCUCCUUCUCUGGAUCAAAUGUGCAGCGUGUGUUCCACCAUGGAGACCUGGCUCCAAACGAACCCUCAGCAUGUGCUGGUGCUACACUGUAGGGGAGGCAGAGACAGGAUUGGAGUUGUGGUGGCGUCUUAUGUCCACUUCACCAACAUAUCUGCCAGUGGAGAGCUGGGCCUGGACCACUUUGCAAUGAGGAGGUUCUACAACAAUAAAGUAUCCUUGUUUAUGACUCCCUCCCAGAAACGAUAUGUGUGGAUGCUGAGUGGUUUGUUGAGGGGCGUGAUGAAGAUGAUCCCUUCCCCCCUCUUCCUCCUCUGUGUCGUUCUUCAUGGGGUCCCCCGGCUGAGCCCUGCUGGAGGAUGUCGACUCUUCCUGAAAGUGUACCAGAGUCUGCAGGCAGUUUGCACCUCAGCAAUCUAUCACGUGCAAGGACCUCAGACAGACAGGAUUUAUUUUGUGCUACAGCCGGCCCAACUGCUCAAAGGUGACAUUAUGGUGGUUUGUUAUCAUAAAACCUCUCACAUGGUCAGCCGUCAGGUCAUCUUCCGGCUCCAGUUUCACACAGGCGUUAUCCACGGACACACCCUCGUCCUCCCAAAGGAGGACCUCGACUGUGCCAGUGGAGACCCCGGGUUUCCAGAUGACGGCAGGGUGGAACUGGUGUUCUCCGAGAGCCCGGAGAAGAUGGCAGGAAGUGUUCUAUGGCAGAACGAACCCUCGGUGACCGUCGAUUACGACACCUUGGACCCCCGCGGUGCGACGCGAUUCCUUUGAGAACAUCUCCGACCAGGAAGCAG